AUGUCUGUUAUCUGUCUACAUUAUCUAUCUAUCUAUCUAUCUAUCUAUCUAUCUAUCUAUCUAUCUAUCUAUAAUCUGUUCCAAUCUAUCUAUCUAUCUAUCUAUCUAUCUAUCUAUCUAUCUAUCUGUCAUACAUUUUAUGUAGUUGCAAAUAUGUUAGACAAUGUUUCUUUUCUUUUCUCUUUACGUUUUUUUUUCUUUUUUUCUUUCUUUCAUUCUUUCACGGUUUUCUUUCAAUUCUUUCUCUCUAUUUUCCUUUUAUUCAUUUCUUUCUUUCUUGCGUUUUCUUUCUUCACUCCUAUCUUUCUUUCUUUCUUUUUUUCGUUGUUUCUUUCUCGGUUUUCUUUCUUGCUUUUUAUUUCUUCUUUUCUGCUGUGUUGCUUCUUUUCUUUCUUUCUUUCUCUCAUUCUUACUUUCCUACUUUUAAUUUCUUACUCUUGUUUCCUUUUUCUUUUACUUUGCCUUUCUUCUUGCUUUUUACAUUCGUUCUUUUGCUCUUUUACUUUCUUUUUACUUGUUUUCUUUCAUUGUCUUCCUUUCUUUUUCUCUUUCUUUUUUCUCGCUUUUGUUUAUUUCUGUCUCGCUUUUCCUUUCUUUCUUUCUUUCUUUCUUUCUUUCUUUCUUUCUUUCUUGCUUUCUGGCUUUCCUUUCAUUCAUUCUUUCUUUCUUCCUUUCUCAAAUUUCCUUUCUUUCUUUCUUUCUUUCUUUCUUUUUUUCUUUCUUUUCAUUGCUUUCCCAUUUUUCCUUCAUUUAUUUCACGUUUUUGCUUUCUUUCUUUCUUUUCCUUCCUUUCAUUCAUUCUUUCUUGCUUGCUUUUCGUCAAUUUCUUUCACUUUUCUUUCUUUCUUUCUUUGUUGGCUUUCUAUCCUUUCAUUUUCGCUUUUUCUUUCUUGCAUCCUUUUUUCUUACAUUCCUUUCUUUCCAUGUCGUUGUUUCUUUCUUUUCCCCGUUUUUCUCGCUUUUCCUUUUUCUUCUUUCCCGCUUUUCCUUCCUCCCUUUCUUCAUUUCUUUCUUUGUUUCUUUAUCGCUUUUCCUUCUUUUCUUUCUUUCUUUUUUUUCUUUCUUUCUUUCUUUUUUGGUUUUCCGUUUUUUCUUUUCCUUUUUCUUUCUUGCUUUCUUUCUCUGUUGUUUUAG